UCUCUCUCUCUCUCUCUCUCUCUAACUUCAACGGCCAUGGCCGAUUACAAGAAUCAUUAUACCAACCUGCCUCUCUCAUCCACAAAUACCCCAUUAAAAGAGAGGAUUCAUAGGGAAGAACUUGCAGAGAACGAAGAGAAGAUCGAAUUUUGAGAGGAAACAAAAGAGAGUAGAGUGGUUUCAAAGACAGAGGGAAGAGAGAUAUAGAGAAGAUACAGAGAGUGAAGAGAAGGAAAAGAUUGUUAGUAGAGAGCGAGAAGUGAUACAAAAUUCGAAGGUUUCCGAAAAACCAGUUGAUACAGAGGGAAGAGAGGUUGAAAGGAGAGGUGAUACAAAACCAGAGAGAAGAGGAAUGGGCAACAGCCUGAGGUGUUGCAUUGCAUGCGUCCUCCCCUUCGGUGCGCUCGACGUGAUCCGCAUAGUCCAUUGCAAUGGUCGAGUUGAGGAGCUGAGCGGCUCGAUACGAGCGGGUGAAGUCAUGAAAGCAAAUCCGAAGCACGUCGUCAAACCCUGUGUUCCGAACCUUGUUCAAGGGAUUGUGAUCCUCCCCCCUGAUGCCGAGCUAGAACGUGGGGAAAUUUACUUUUUAAUCCCUUUCUCUGCCCUCGGUCUAGAGAAGCAUCACACCAAGCCGACCAAAAUGGCAAAAAAGAGGAAAGAUAAGAAGGAUUUGGAAAUUGCCCGGAAUCCAGUUGCCGGAAAACCAGAACCAGGUGCUGGUAAAUCAAAUGAUCGGUACUUAACCGACAUUUUAACAGAGAAAAGAGGCAGCCAUCGAGAUCGGAGGAGGGGGAGAGUUGCAGUUUGGAGACCUAAUCUAGAGAGCAUCUCUGAGGGCAUGUCUGAGAUUUUAUCAGAUUUUUGAGGUCAAAAUGGCCCUUCUCGCCACCGGAUUAUUGCCGGGAAUUUUUUGUCAGCCCCAAAAUGGAUAUCUAAUUUUUUUUUUUUAAAUUGCAAAUUGUGGA